UCAGCAUCAUCAUCGUCAUCACCAUGGUACACAUCAGCGAUGAGACGGUAAACGAAGUGCGUCAUGUGGUGCAAAAGAUAUUGGUACCGUGCAUUUUUGUUAUUGGCGUUUUGGGAAACUCUGUCAGCGUUUAUGUUUUGACAAGAAAACGCAUGCGUUGCACCACAAACAUUUAUCUAACCGCUCUGGCCAUCACCGAUAUUUUCUUUCUGACCAUGGGCCUGCUGCUAUCCUUCCAACACUACCAGUACAUACAUCUGCAUGUCAAACUCUAUUGGGAAUUGUAUGGAACUUUUACGUGGCUGUGUGAUGCCUGCGCCUAUAUAUCAAUUUACAUAGCUGUAUGCUUUACCAUCGAACGAUUUAUUGCGAUACGUUAUCCCCUGAAGCGUCAGACAUUCUGUACGGAAUCGUUGGCCAAGAAAGUUAUUGCAGGUGUCACAAUCUUCUGCCUCCUCUCCACAAUGAGCACCUUUUUCGAGCAUAAAGCCAGCGUUCAAUAUCGUUUAUUGGAUUCGGCGGGUAAGCCAUGCACUUUAAAAUAUGAAACAUCAUCGGCAGCCCACCCAGCUGCAACAUCUCACCUAGCCAAGUCAUUGGAAAAUUCUGUGAAUUUUCUUAAUACCAUCGAGGGUAGUGGCGGUGGGGUAGAUGUUGUAUUGGCAGCAUCCGAGGAUAUGAUGGCGAAUCACUUGAAACGUAGCUUGCAGCAGCAACAGGAAAAUGAUGCUUCUCCCUCCCUUGUGAACAUUCCUUCCGCCGAGGCUGUGUUAUCCCGAGAAAAUCAAACGGAACUGGAGGCAAUUGAUUUGGAAGUGAGCUGUAAAAAUGUGACCUAUUACAGCAAUGGUCUGGGCAUUUUGGGCGAUAAUGAUGAAUAUGAUAAAAUAUGGUCCUAUGUUUCUUUGAUAGUCUAUGUGCUAUUGCCUUUGAGCGUGUUGGCCACCUUCAAUUGUUUUCUGGUGGUAAUGGUGAGGAGAUCGAAUACGUUGCGGGGUAAGAUGACCAAUGCCAGUAGUAUGAGAAAACCAAAGGACCGUCCUUCCAGCACCUCAGUAUCCCAGGAGAAUCGUGUCACCAUUACCCUAAUUGCCGUGGUGGUAUGUUUCAUAAUAUGCCAACUACCCUGGGCUGCCUAUCUCAUAGUGCGUUUACAAAAUCCCGAUUUGGAUUUUAAUCUACAAAGGGUAUUGGGUAAUGUUUUCAAUUUCCUUUCCGCGCUGAAUGCAGCAGCGAACUUCUUUUUGUAUUGUGUGCUAUCGGAUAAGUAUCGUAAAACGGUACGAGAACUUAUUACAGGACGUAGUAGUCGCCAUGAGCGGGGUACGCUGACUUCGACCAGCCUGAUGUUUCACAAUGCCAGUCGUUGUAGUUAUAGGCCAGCACCAACGGGUAUUAAAUGA